AUGACACGGCGACAUUUCAUUGGACGUGUAAAGGGGCUUCGUGCAACCAAUGGGCAACUCGAACAGGUGUCGCGUUCUGCAGGUCAUGCGUAUGCGCGUGCAUCAGCGCGUGUGUCAACGCGUGACACAGCGCGUGUUGCAGGGCCACAGGAUCUUCCAAAAUGUAUUAACUGGCCGAUAUCUAUCUAUCUGAUCAUCUAUCUAUCUAUCUAUCUAUCUAUCUAUCUAUCUGAUCAUUUAUCUAUCUAUCUAUCUAUCUAUCUAUCUUAUUCUAUAUCUGAUCUAUCUAUCUAUCUUAUCAUGUACAUGGUGAUCUAUCUAUCUAUAUCAUUGAUCUAUCUAUCUAUCUAUCUAUCUAUCUAUCAUGUACAUAGUGAUCUAUCUAUCUAUCUAUCUAUCUAUGCAUGUAUCUAUUCAUAUACAUAUUUGAUUCUAUCUAUCUAUCUUAUUCUAUAUCUAUCUAUCUAUGCAUGCAUCUAUCCAUAUAUCUAUUUGAUCAUGCACAUAGUGAUCUAUCUAUCUAUCUAUGUAUCUAUCUAUCUAUCUAUCUUAAAAUAUACAUAUUAUCUAUCUAUCUAUCUAUCUAUCUAUCUAUCUAUCAUGUACAUAGUGAUUAUCUAUCUAUCUAUCUAUCUAUCAUGCAUCUAUCUAUCUAUCUAUCUGAUCAUGUACAUAGUGAUCUAUCUAUCUAUCUAUCUUAUUCUAUAUCCUGAUCUAUCUAGGCAUCUAUCCAUCUAUCUAUCUGAUCAUGUAUAUAGUGAUCUAUCUAUCUAUCUAUCUAUCUAUCUAUCUAUCUUAUUCUAUAUCCUGAUCUAUCUAUCUAUCUUAUUCUAUAUAUCUUGA